GGAUUGGAGUUGUGAUUUUGGGAGAAGAAGUAAAGACGAGAAGACGAGAAGUCUUUCGAAGAGUCUCUCCUCGAUGUUUCCGUCCUCUCGUCGGUGCUCGCUUCGUUGACGAAGUCCCUCGGUGAUCUCGGUGGGUCUCCUCCACGAAGAGAAUCGAAAGGUAAUUUUCGAUUUAUUUUUGAUUUCAUGAUUUGUUCGUUACCGACAUAGAUGUUGAGAUAGUGUUGCAUUGUUUGGUUGUCUGACAUAAAUGAUCCUUGUUUGCAUUGUUUGAGGGGACGGCGGUAGUGCCUGAUGGAUAGUGGUGCGAGGAGAGGGAGGAAUGAUUUUCCUACGGGAGAUAGUUGAGGAUGAGCUCAUGAAGAGUUGAUCAGCCUGGGUCAUCUUCAUCUAAGGGGAAAGUGUCAAAGCUUCACAAGAGAAAGCAACAAAAUUUUCUGAACUACCAUUCUAGAGUCUCUGAUGCAAAAGCACAUGCAUCUAAUGUGGCUAAGCUUGCGUCCAUCAAAAGAGAGAAAGGCUCGCUCGUUAUAUAAUGGAACUCCAGAAGAAAGUCCAGACCUUGCAAACUGAAGCUACUACCCUCUCUGCACAACUGUCUUUGUUCCAGGAGUCGUCUUCUUCAAUCCGCAUAUCCUAUCCGACGAGGAUGAACCAGACCUCAUUGCGACUCGAGCUUGUUCUGCGGGAUCUCGACUCUAUCCUCAUCCUCGAAAUCCACUUGCAGCGACAGGUUCAUCCCCUGCAGAUCUUCCUCGAGGCUCCACGCUUUCGAUCUGCAGGACAAGGUGGUGGUGCUUCUUCUCCAAUGAGUCCGUGUAACUCCUAACAUGCUGAGAUUCAAGACGGAUCGUUAUUCGAGUCCUUGUUCUCCCUUCUCUCCUCGGCAACGACAAUGGUCUCUCUAGUGACUCCUCUCCUCCUAAAACGCCUCCUCGCAAGGUCUUGGAUGCACCUUCUUUGCAAGAUGACUUCUACUGGAACGUUGCGGACUGGAGGAGCUCACAGAAUGUUCUUGCUGUGGGGCUUGGUGAUGAAGCUUUUUGACUUGGGUCCUAAUGAUAGCGUGUGCUCGCUUCACUGGACACGGGAGGGCUCUGCUGCUGUGUCAGUCUCUAUUCUAUCUCACAACACCUUUCUUCCCCAGCUCUCCUGUGGGUUUCAAAGAUCACGCCAAGAGUUCAGUUCUCCUCUGGGUUUCAAAGGUCACGCCAAGAGUUUCAGGUAAGAAAGCUUGAAAAGAACAGCUCGAGACCAUUCAUCUACUUGUUGGAACAUGGAAACUGACAAAAGAACCAGUUGUUGAAACCUAGGCAACAUCUUGAACCUUUACCCUCUGGAACGCAUUCAAGACUCUUUGGCUCUGACAAUAACUCAUCUACUGUGAUCUUUCCACCGGUAUGCUCAUACCAGAGCGACAACUAGUAAGGUGGGAUUUCAUUGGUGCUGGUUGUUUCAAUUAGCAACCUGUUGCAAUCUCGAUGUCUCGACAACCCUCCAUUGAUCUCUUGGUUUUUAUUGGCCGAUCCUAUCAAAACGUACGCGGUGUCCACUACAGCCACACACAACAUCUUUGUUCUUAAUGAACAAUCUUCAGUGACGUGUAUCUUAGCUGCAAUCUUUUAUGCUAUUUGAAUUGUUUUCAA